UUUAGUCGAUUAUCAAAUGUAUACACGCCGCUCAUCUCUAUUAUUACGCUUUUUCUUGUGCCUUGCUUGUGUCACCGCGUGUUCUGCCGGUCAGAAUAUUUACUAUUUUCGACUCAAAUAGAGGAUUCAUUUAAUUAUUUAUUAAUUUUUCGUAACUUCCACCUAUUCCGCAUUACAAAAUGUCGAUCCACAUCAAGGACGCUGACGACCUCAAGAACAGGCUCGCCGAGGCCGGCGAUAAGCUGGUGGUGAUCGACUUCAUGGCGACCUGGUGCGGUCCCUGCAAGAUGAUCGGCCCCAAACUAGACGAGAUGGCCGCUGAGAUGGCGGACUCUAUCGUCGUAGUUAAGGUCGACGUGGAUGAGUGCGAGGACAUCGCAGCCGACUACAACAUCAACUCCAUGCCCACAUUCGUGUUCGUCAAGAACUCCAAGAAGCUCGAAGAGUUCUCCGGCGCGAACGUGGACAAGCUAAAGAACACCAUCCUCAAACUGAAGUAAAGUGUUUAAGAGUUGUACGCGAGUUCCGGACCCUGGCAGGACCCUUAUUCUUCAGAAGAACCGCAGCAUCAGAAAAGACCAGACAUAUAACGCUUUAUAGCUAGGCAGGUCUUUUAAAUGGUCUUAAAUCCGUCCGGCGAAUAGUUGGAUCCAAUGAUGGCCAAUAUCAUGAAUGUUUGAUCAAACUGACCAUUCCGUUGGUUCUGCCAGGGUAGGCAUUUAAAGCGAUGUAUUAGUGAUGAAUCACUUUUUUUGUUUAGCUAUAAAGCAUAAUAUUUUUAUAUCACACAGUCACCAGCACAACGGUCUGGCGUACAACCAUGUUUUCUGUGUAUUUUGCAUUAAAUAUAUAUGUUAUAAAGUAUUGUUACUUCAAUAAAGUAUCUUAAAAUUU